UUUGGUGCCAAUUAGGCUCGAUCCAUAUUAUUUGGUAUCAAUUAGGCUCACGAAUGGGUUGGUUAGAACAGGGCUUCAAUUGGAACAAACCAAUAUGGGUCGACGCCCAACGGCCCAUCCCGGAUCGUUCAGUCGAGGGAAACGUCCUCAACCCUUUCCCUCUCAAAAGGGUGGGAGAAAGCUCGGGCGUAAAAGAGAAGGAGAAGGAGAAGGAGGAGGAGGAGGAGGAAGAGAGGAUGGCCAACCUCUCCAGCCUCAUCCACGAGCUGCGGGAGCGGAUCGCCGCCUCAGCAUCCGCCCCCUCGUCCUCAUCCUCGGGAGAAGACCCCCUCGAGACCAAGUUCCGCACCGUCCUGCCCAAUCUCCUCCAUGCCUAUGUCGUUCCCUCUUCUACAGCCAACGAGAGGGAGGUCACCGCGGUCCUCAAGCUGCUCUCCCACACCGCUCGCAACUUCCCCGGUGUGUUCUACCACGGCCGAGCCGCCGCCGUCCUUCCCGUCAUCGGUCGCGUACUCCCAUUUCUUGCGGAACCUGCCUUUCGUUCUCGCCAUGGAGUCAUCUUUGAGGCUAUAGCCUCUCUUCUCUCGCUGCUCCGUACUGGAGACCGUGAAGCCUAUCGCAUAUUCUUUUUGGAUGCCAUGGUGGUCGUUCAAGAUGUUGUUUAUAUUGCAUCGAGUUAUGUAAAGAAAUCAAGAGCAUUUUCUGAUGGAGUAUCACUGAAGUGUUUCAACGAGUCUUUUGCUCUGAUUUCCAACUCGCCUGCACUUUUUAGUGAGCUUCCAGCUUGUUGCCGACCUCUGGAUGGCCCGGGUGUACUAGUUGAUCUGACUGACAUAACAAGAUGGCAACCAUUUGCAGCGUGGAAUAUUAGACUUGUUAACAAGUGUCUAAUGGAAGGAACACUCUAUGUGGAAGGGCUCGUCAAUGUCUCAUUUGCUUAUGCAGUCUGCUCUCUUCUGUGCUAUGGGGAUGCAACUUUGCACAUGGCUUGUUUUGAUUUUGCACGUUUAGCAGCAACAGUAAUAGAUGCAGAUAUAAUUCCUGUCGAAAAUAUCAUCCGUUCAAUAGCAUGCAUAUUGGGUCAAGAUGGCAAGGAAUUUGUGGCGUUCAGAAACACUGCAUAUGAUUCUUCUAUGGGUGCAUGCCUUCAUGUACUGCAUUUGUCUUGUCAGCAUGACAUUCUUGAAUCGACAGCUGGUGACGUUGUUAAUGUUUUCUCUAGAUCCUUAGAGAGCACUGAAAGCCCUGAACUUCAGGUAGCAAUCUGCAGUGCUUAUAUACGAAUUGUUAAAAGCUGCCCUCUGCAAAUUUGGGAGCCUGUAAACCUUGUUAAGAUGCUAUGCUUGCCAAGACCUUGUGUACCACUGAUUGAGUGUAUCCGGGUGGCAAUUGAUAUUCUUUGUUCCAACAAUGUUUCCGAGGUUGAAGAUGAUCAUAACUUUGGCAUGUCAUUGGCCAGUCUUAAGAAAUCUCAUUUGCCUAAAGUUGGUGAGAAAAGAUUGUCUGACACUGUUGUCAAAGUUCAGUGUAAGCGUCAAAAGGCAGCAGAAGCAAACACACUGGAUGCUUCAGAUUUUGCUGUAGAUGUUGAAUGUAAUUCUUCUUUGGUGAAUGAACGCAAGAAAGAAUUUGCAAAUGAGCUGUGGAGAUCAAUUUCUGUGUUUCUUGAAUUAUCAAAACCUGUUCAUACAAAAACUUCUGCACUAAAACCAGAAACAACAAUAAGAGCUCUUAGCAUUCUCAGCCUCGUCUUUUCUGCUUAUCCUAAUGACAGUUUGUCUUCUAGAAUUUUCCAUCAAUUGUUUUCCUGGAUGCCUUGGAUAUGUAAGCAGGCAAAGAAUUCAAGCUUACUUUCAUUUGAUUUGCCUACCUAUUUACAAGCAGUUCACAGCAUAUUGUGUCUUCAAGGUGUUCUGCAGUCACAGAUGAAGUUGUUCCAGGAUGAUGACUCCAUUGAUGCAGACAGCGGGAGCUGUAGUUAUCCACAAUAUGCUGAUCUCCUGGAAUUCUUGAAACUGCCUUGGACCAAUAAUUCUUUCAUUGCUGAAGCUUUUCUAGUCAGGAAAGUAAAAUGUCUGUGCAUACAAGCUCUCUCCAAGAUCGGCAUUAAACUAAAAGAUGAAAGUGAUCUUGAAGUGCUGGACUUGGCUAUGCAUGAUGAAAGUGAAGAAGUCUGUAUUGAAGCUAUUACAUCAAUGCCAGUGAUCAUAUUAUUUUCUGGUCAGAUUUUUCUGGGAAGCAUGUUAAGAAAACUAGAGUCAGUGGGUCGAUAUAGAAGUGUCGAAAUUGGUAAAAGUAUUCUCUUUUCACUUGGCUAUAUGUCAUGUUUGCAUAGCUCUUCAGAUACCUUUGACGAUCAGAAUAGAAGUCCUUGCAAAUUAUUUCUAGGUGAUCACUAUGAAAGGCAGACAAAAACAAUGGAUCUUCUGAGAGGAUUUCGGUGCCCUCAUUGUGACAUGGGAGUAAUGCACAAUAAAGGGCUAUCUUCUAACACUAUAUCUAUGCCUAAGCAGCAAAGCAUAAAAUCUGAUUGUGACACUAGUUUUGUUAGAUUUCAGACACUGUUCUUUGAGUUUCUAUAUGAUGAUUCAUCAGAAGAAUUCUAUGUUGCAUGUGUUCAAAUAUUACCAAGAAUUCUAAGGCAUUCAUCUCAAGAUACUCUUCUAAGUACAAGAACGAAGUGGAGUGAGUGUAUUGAUUACUUACUCCUCCACAAGGUAAAGGCCGUGAGGGAAGCCUUUUGCAUGGAGAUAAGUUGCUUCCUAGAGGAUAAUAUUUUGGAGCCAUUGUUUAAUGAUGUGGAAGGAAGUGACAAUACCAAUGAACAAAGAUUUAUGGACAAACUAAAACAUUCUUUGGCAGCUGCUGAAGAUGCUGAGGUCCUAAUGACACUUUUGGAAUCAACAGCUGCCAUUAUGAAUUCUAGUGACAUCCGUGGCCCCAUGUUCUUUUACUCGCUUAUUUUGUUUAUCGAGCAGCUUGACAACUGUAAUCAAAUAGUUAGAAUGACUGCAUCAAGAUUUAUACAAAAGUCCCCCCAUUUCUCUUGUAAAGGAGGAUUUGAAUCAGUCAUUUCCAAGUUUUCUUGCAUUCGUGAUGAGCUUUAUGAAUAUUUCUCUUCAAGACUUGUGAGUCGCCCAGCCAUGAUUAGAGAAUUUGCAGGGGCUGUUCUUGGUAUAAAGAUUGAGGAAUUUAUUGGGAAAAUUGUCCCUUUUGUCAUACCAAAGCUUAUUGUUUCACACAAGGAUAAUGAUCAAGCAAUUAUCACUUUGCAUGAACUAGCGAUCCACUUAAAUUCAGAUGUUGUACCAUUGAUUGUCAAUUGGCUGCCCAAAGUGCUUGCUUUUGCUCUUCUCCAUGCAGAUGGGAAGGAGCUAUCCUCUGUAUUGGAAUUUUAUCAUGUUCAAACAGGAUCUGGUAACAAAGAAUUAUUUGCAGCUGCUUUACCAGCACUUUUGGAUGAACUUUUAUGCUUUUCUGGGGAAGGGGAUAUGGAUGAGACCGAGAGGAGGACCUCUCGAAUUCCUAUGAUGGUUGAAGAAAUAGCCAAAAUCCUGACAUGUUCAGAUGACCUUCCAGGAUUUCUCAAGAAUCAUUUUGUUGGUCUCCUUAAUAGCAUUGACAGGAAAAUGCUUCAUUCUGAAGAUAUCUGGUUUCAGAAACAAGCCUUGAAGCGGAUAGAAAAGUUGACUGAGAUGAUGGGUCCUUACCUCAGUACACAUCUUCCCAAAAUUAUGGUCCUUUUAAUGUAUGCCAUUGAUAAAGAAGCACUUCAAGCUGAAGGUCUCAGUGUGUUGCAUUUUUUUAUUAAGCAGCUGGCUAAACUUUCACCUUCCAGCACCAAACAUGUUAUCUCACAGAUUGUAGCUGCCUUUAUUCCAUGCUUGGAAAGAUGCAAAGAAAACCCUUCUAUUAAUUUAAAGAAAAUUGUUUGUAUUUUGGAAGAUCUUGUUGUUGAGAAUCGGCUGUUACUAAGGCAACAUAUAAGGGAGCUUCCUCUGUUGCCCACCAUUCCAGCUUUAUCUGAAGUGAACAAAGUCAUACAAGAGGCAAGGGGAUCAACGUCUCUGCAUGAUCAAUUGCAAGAUGCUGUUGAUGGCCUUAAUCAUGAGAGUCUAAAUGUAAGAUAUAUGAUGGCAUGUGAGUUAAGCAAACUGUUGAUUUUGAGAAGAGAAGAAGUUACUGCACUGAUUGCUGAUGAGUCAAUUGUAGAUUUGGAUGUCAUGAGCUCCUUGAUUUCAUCGUUAUUAAGAGGGUGCGCAGAGGAAUCAAGGACAGCAGUCGGCCAACGGUUGAAGUUAGUCUGUGCAGAUUGCUUAGGUGCCCUUGGUGCUGUAGACCCAGCUAAAUUUAAAGGAAUAGCUUCUGAGCGAUUUAAGAUUGAAUGCUCUGAUGAUGAUCUAAUUUUUGAAUUAAUUCACAAGCAUCUAGCAAGGACAUUCAGAUCUGCUUCUGAUACCAUUGUCCAGGAUUCAGCUGCCUUGGCUAUACAGGAGCUUCUCAAGCUAGCAGGCUGUCAAGCAUCACUUGGUGAGAAUAUAGGCAAUGAAAAUCUACGUACAUCUGAGGAUAGGGUUGCUGGUGGUAGUGAGGUGAAUACCAGGGGUCAAAGAUUGUGGGAUCGCUUUUCUAAUUAUGUUAAGGAAAUUAUUGCACCAUGUUUAACUUCAAGGUUCCAACUUCCAAUUGUAACUGAUUCAGCAGGUAUUGGCCCUGUUUAUCGUCCUUCCAUGUCAUUCCGGAGGUGGAUUUUCUUUUGGAUCAGAAAAUUAACUGCAUAUUCAACUGGUACACGCUACAGUAUUUUCAGUGCAUGCCGUGGAAUAGUACGACAUGACAUGCAGACAGCUGCCUAUUUGCUUCCUUAUUUAGUACUGAAUGUUGUUUGCCAUGGCACAGUUGAGGCGAGGAACAGCAUAACCGAGGAAAUCUUAACUGUUCUUAAUGCUGCAGCUUCAGGGAACAGUGGAGCUGCAGUGCAUGGAGCUGCUGGUGGACAGAGUGAAGUGUGCAUACAGGCUGUUUUUACUCUUCUUGAUAAUCUGGGGCAAUGGGUUGAUGAUCUCAGACAAGAAACUGUUCUGUCCCAGACUUUUCACACUACAGCCUCAAAGAAAGCACUGGGAUUGAAAGUUGAAAAUGAGGCUAUAGGUAAUGUAGUUGAGCUGUUAUCUUCCAUUCCUAAAGUUACCCUUGCUAAGGCCUCCUUCAGAUGUCAAGCUCAUGCUCGUGCAUUGAUGUAUUUUGAGUCAUAUGUUCGGGAGACAUCAGGUUCCUUCAAUCCAGCUGCCACAAGUGGUUUAGAAUCUUUAAACAAGCCUGGGAAGUUAGGUUCCUUGGAUCCAGCUGGUGCAAGAAGCAAUUUAGACAAUCUCUUUUCUGUUGAAGACAUUUCAUUUUUGAUGGAGAUAUACAGUGGUUUAGAUGAGCCUGAUGGCCUUUCUGGUUUGGCAAAUCUGCGGAAAGUAUCAAAACUGCAAGAUCAACUUCUAAUAAAUGAGAAAGCAGGAAAUUGGGCAGAAGUAUUGACAUUAUGUGAACAGGCCUUGCAGAUGGAGCCUUCUUCAGUUCAAAGACAUUCAGAUGUUCUCAAUUGCAUGCUUAACAUGUGCCACCUUCAGGCUAUGGUAACACAUGUAGAUGGUCUGAAAUCUAGGUUACCUCAGUAUGAGAAAACAUGGUGCAUGCAAGGUGUACAGGCAGCAUGGAGGUUGGGUAGAUGGGAUCUGAUGGAUGAAUAUCUUUCUGCUGCAGAAAAAGAAGGUCUAGUCUGUAGUAACUCUGAGAGCAAUGCUUCAUUUGACAUGGGCCUCGCCAAGAUAAUCCAGGCAAUGAUGAAUAAAGACCAAUUCUUGGUUGCUGAGAGAAUUGCACAGUCUAAACAAGCAUUACUUGCUCCAUUAGCAGCAGCUGGUAUGGACUCAUAUGUGCGUGCAUAUCCAUACAUAGUGAAACUUCACAUGCUAUGUGAGUUGGAAGAUUACAGUGCUCUUCUUGGGGAAGAUUCAUUUCUUGGAACAACUUUCACAUUGGAUGAUCCAAAAUUUUUAAAGGUGACUAAGGACUGGGAAAAUCGUUUGAGGAUCACACAACCAUCGCUGCGUGCGAGAGAGCCACUGUUAGCUCUUCGCAGGUUAGUUUUCAGAACGAAUAAUUUGGGUGCUCAAGUUGGAACCUGCUGGCUUCAAUAUGCGAAGCUUUGCCGUUCUGCUGGUCACCAUGAGACUGCUCAACGGGCUAUAUUAGAGGCACAUGCUUCAGGUGCUCCAAAUGUUCACAUGGAGAAGGCUAAACUUCUCUGGACUAUUAGAAAGUCUGAUCAUGCUAUAGCUGAAUUGCAGCCAUUUGUCCCAGAUCCAGACAUUCCUAUUACCACGCAAGCGUCGAAGGAGAAUCGAGAUUUGGCUAAAAUCAUUCUCCUCUAUACUAGAUGGAUCCACUAUACAGGUCAAAAGCAGAAGGAAGAGAUUUUGAAGAAUUAUUCUAGAGUGAGGGACUUGCAACCCAAGUGGGAAAAGGGAUACUUUUUCAUGGCAAAAUAUUGUGAUGAUCUUCUUGUUGACGCUAGGAAGCGCCAAGAAGAUAAUCUUGCAAUGCAGUCCUGUAUUGCUGGUAGCUCUUUGAAUCCAUCAACGGAGGAAAAAUCAUGGUGGUCUUACCUACCUGACGUGUUGCUGUUUUAUGCGAAAGGACUUCACAAAGGACACAAGAACCUUUUUCAAGCACUGCCAAGAUUGCUAACACUCUGGUUUGAGUUUGGAAGCAUAUAUUACAGAGAUUGUUCUUCAUCUGAUAAACUUAUGAAAACUGUUUUCACAAGGAUCUUGAGCAUUUUGCGGGGUUGUCUAAAGGAUCUGCCGACAUAUCAAUGGCUAACAGUACUAUCUCAAUUGGUUUCUCGCAUCUGCCACCAGAGUCAAGAAAUAGUUCGAAUUGUCAAACAUAUAAUUACAUUAGUUCUACAAGAAUUUCCACAGCAAGCACUUUGGAUGAUGGCUGCAGUUUCAAAGUCAACAGUUGCUGCAAGGCGUGAUGCUGCUGCUGAGAUAAUACAAGCUGCAAGAAGAUCUCGAAUUGGGAGUGAAAUUAGUGGCCUAUUUAUUCAAUUUGCCAGCCUGAUUGAUCACCUGAUUAAGUUGUGCUUUCAUCCUGGACAGCCAAAGGCAAAAACAAUUAAUAUCUCAACUGAGUUCAGUACCUUGAAGAGAAUGAUGCCUCUAGGAAUCAUAUUGCCAGUCCAGCAGGCUCUUACUGUCACUUUACCGUCUUAUGAUGCAAGUCUUAUGGAUUCUCCUAGCUUUGAUGUAUUUUCAGCCUCUAAUCAUGCUAUGAUAUCUGGCAUAGGAGAUGAGGCUGAAAUCCUUUCCUCUCUUCAGCGACCGAAAAAGGUGGUUUUUCUUGGAAGCGAUGGUGUUCAGCGUCCGUUCCUCUGCAAGCCAAAGGAUGACUUGCGGAAAGAUGCACGGAUGAUGGAAUUCACUACAAUGAUUAAUCGUCUGUUAUCCAAAUUUCCUGAAAGCCGCAGAAGAAAGCUGUACAUACGAACCUUUGCUGUGAUCCCUCUUACUGAGGAUUGCGGGAUGGUGGAGUGGGUCCCGCAUACUCGUGGCCUCCGUCACAUUCUUCAGGACAUCUACAUAACUUGUGGAAAGUUUGACAGACAGAAGACAAAUCCUAAAAUCAAGAACAUAUAUGAUCAGUGCAAGACAUCUGAAGAGGAGAUGUUGAAAUCACAAAUCCUUCCCAUGUUCCCUCCUGUUUUCCACAAAUGGUUCUUGACCACAUUCUCUGAGCCAGCUGCUUGGUUUCGAGCAAGGGUGGCUUAUGCACAUACCUGUGCUGUUUGGUCCAUGGUUGGGCACAUUGUCGGUCUAGGUGACAGGCAUGGUGAGAACAUUCUAUUUGACUCAACUACUGGUGACUGCAUUCAUGUUGAUUUUAGUUGCUUAUUUGACAAAGGUUUACUACUGGAUAAGCCUGAGCUGGUGCCUUUCAGGCUAACCCAGAACAUGAUCGAUGGUCUGGGCAUUACUGGAUACAAAGGUGUCUUUUUGAAGGUCUGCGAGAUCACACUUUCAGUGCUACGAACACACAGAGAGACUUUGAUGAGUGUUUUGGAAACUUUCCUGCAUGAUCCCUUAGUGGAAUGGACCAAAUCUCACAAAUCAAGCGGAGUGGAAGUUCAAAAUCCUCAUGCACAGAGGGCCAUCAGCAAUAUCAAGGCACGUCUUCAAGGAAUAGUGGUCGGGGUUGGAGCAGCACCCUCUUUGCCCUUGGCUGUAGAAGGACAGGCUCAACGCCUAAUCGAUGAGGCUAUCUCACUCAAAAACCUCGGAAAGAUGUAUAUAUGGUGGAUGGCUUGGUUCUAAGAGUUGCUUGGUAGCCUUGCUGUCGAUAUUUGCUUGUUUGUCUUUUGUAUUACGCGUGCUCCUGCUCGGUGAAUGGACAAAUGUGUCUGCAGCAUCGUCACCGUAAGUGGGAACUAGAGCAGGGUCAUGACAGGGCCAUGGUAGAUUUUUCACACGUUUUUUGGUUCUUUCUCGUGAUGAUCAUUGAAAUCAUGUGGUUUUCUUGAGAUUACAUUUUUCACAGGCAUUUUGGUUCUCGCUUGUGAUCAUUGUAUUUAUGUAGAACUUCUCUUUAGA